AUGGAUAAGAGUUUAACAAGCAAUUAUAGCAUUUAAUAAUAUUCAAACUUAUUAGUAAAAGUUUUAAGUACUCUGAAAUAGGUUUAACACUUUGCUAAAAGCAGCUAACCUGAGUUAGUCAACAAUUUUGAUUGCUUGAAGACUUUUGAAUAUGUGUCUAAUCACCUUUCAAAGUUCGAUAUAAAAAAUCUGAUUACUGAAAUUCCUAGUUUAUGCUCACCAUCCUCAUCAGAACCGCUUUCAAUAACUUUCAUUCAAAAAAAAAGAGGAUUUAUUAUUCCAUGGCACAUGAUUUACAUCUGCUUCGUACUUGAAUAAUGUUAAUCAGCUCAUGAAUUUUAAGAUAAAAUGAUGAAAAUCUAAGUUAAACCUAAGAAGGGAGAUGCAAUUUUUAACGAGUCUAACUUGAUUGCAGGCAAAGGUCUUUACUUAAGAGGAAUUUUAUAAGUAGCAAAUAAAAAUAUAGACGCUGAAGAGCAGUUCAAGAAUACUAAUGAACAAUCUGUAUCUUGUGUGGUAGCAGAUUUCAUAGAGCAUUUCUAAUUUUAUAAGCUUAACAUUUAGCUAGCAGACUUUGAGUAGUUAGCAGAAAAAAUGAAAAAAGAUGACUAUCCAUUAUUUUAAAAGCAUCCUCAGAUUAAAGUUGUUUGGGGAGAAAAACGUGAAGAAAAUAAGAAUUUCUAGGAUAUGUUUGAAAAGCAUCUUAGUUUCAUCAAUUUUUUGCACACAAUUUAUGAGUUUUAGUUUAUGAACGAAUCUAACGAUGACAACGUCUUGAUCAUUAUGAGCAUUGAAUUUGCAUUAUCUAAGCAAGAUGAAUAAAAAAAUUUUUUGCAAUACGUAAGCAAUACAAUCUAAGAAUGCAAAAGAGUCAAUUCAAGUGUAGUCAUUUUUAGCUCAAACCAUGACUUUUAAGCUUAAAAAACCAGUUUUGAAUCUAUCAAGCAUUAAUUUCCAUUAAUCUAAGAAAGUGGCAAUGAUUAACACUUCUUAUUUAAGUAUUUGAUAGAAAUAUUUUAGAAAGACGAAGUAUUACAAUUCAAAAACCCAAAAAAAUCGAGUCUUCCUAAAAGGGCUGACAUAACAUAGGGUUCUUUGAUUUUGUGGGGUGACCAAAACAAAAAUGAAAAAAAUUUAGAAUAUUACAAUCGUUUAAGAAAAGCAUUUUAAGAAUAAACUGUUUUGCAAAUAUUCACUACUUCAGAAAUGAGGAGAAUUCCCUUAGAAAACCCUAAUAAAAUUCAUAUUGUUGUAAUGAGCAGUCUAUUCUCAAGCGAAACAAAAAACAAUAUUUCUAAUUUGAACUGGUGCUAGUAAGCUAUUUUAGAACAUGAUUUAAACUGCACUCAUUUAAUUUUGUUUACAAGUGAACAAUCUAUUGAAAGAAAUAAAUGGGAUUAAGAUUUCAAAAAAAAGCAUCCUAAUAUUCUAAUAACAACUUCAUAUAAAGAAUUAGAAGAAUUAAUAUCAAAGGAAAAUUUCUUAAACUAAAAACAUUGA